CGCGACGGUCGGACCGCGCGCGACGACGCGCGAGGCGGCGACGACGCGCGAACCGAAAGAAAGAACGAACGAACGCGCGCGCGCGACGACGCGCGGGUCGAACGCGCGCGAACGAAGCGACGACGCGCGCGCGAAAGAAGCGACGAGGGCGAACACCAUGAGCGACGUCGGCGGGAAGAGCGCGAAAGAGCUGUCGAUGUCGGCGUAUCUCACGGCGAUGACGUAUGGGGUGGCGUACAUCACCGCCGCGACGACGAUCAUCAUGCUGAAUAAGUACAUGCUGAGCGUGACGGCGUUUCAUUAUCCCAUCGUGUUGUCGUCGCUGGGCGUCGUCUGCGGGUGGACGCUGAGCCUGAUCGGCGUGCACGUGACGAAGACGGUGGAUAUCUCCACGCACGGUGAUAUUACGUUUACGACGUGGGUGAAGAACGUGUUGCCGAUCGGGUUUUUUCAAGGAACGACGCUGAUGCUCGGGAACAUGGCGUACUUUCAUCUCACGCUGUCGUUUUUGCAAAUGGUCAAGGCGCUGUCGCCGGCGGUGUUGUUCUUCAUCUUGUAUCUCACUGGGUUGGAUAAGUGGCACGCCAAAGUCGCCAUGGCGGUGGCUGUUAUUAUUGGCGGUACGUUGAUCGCGUCGCUCGGCGAGACGAGCUUCACGUGGGUCGGAUUCGCUUUGAUUUUUGGCGCAGAAUUGACAGAGGCGUUUAAGAACGCGUUGAUGCAAUUCUUGCUCGCGAAUAAAAAGUUCAGCAUGUGGGAAGGGAUGUACUUCAUCUCCCCCGCCUCGCUUAUCUUUCUUCUUCUCGCCGCGACGGCGUUCGAAUUCAAGCACAUGCGUGAGAACGACGCUUGGGGCAUGAUGGUGGACAAGCCUUACUUGUUCGUCGCCGCCGGCUUUUUGGGCUUCGUCGUCAACUUUUGUUCCCUCGGCGUCAUCAAGCACAUCGGUUCUCUCACCCUCAAAGUCCUCGCUCAGCUCCGAUCGAUUCUCAUCAUCGUCUUCGGCGUCGUCUUCUACCACGACGUCGUCACCCCGAUGCAAAUGUUCGGUUACGGCGUCGCCCUCGUCGGUUUCACCGCAUACAACGUCGCCAAGGUGCAGGCCAAGGAGCAAGAGAUUUUAGAAGAACAGCGCGAGGCGGGACUGAGCAAGCCGCUCUUACCCUGAGCGCCGAACGAUCGCAUCUGAUGUGUGUAGCUUUUCGUAGUCA